AUGGCCGCGGCCACCUCUAACCCCUACCUCCCCGGCAACGGCAUCCUGGCGGCCGGCUCCAUCGUCCACGCGGACUCGGGCGGCGGCGGCGGCGGCGGCGGCGGCGGCAUGCAGCCGGGGAGCGUGGCCGUCACUUCGGUGGCGGGCGGCUACCGCGGCGACCCGGCGGCCAAGAUGGUCCAGAGCGACUUCAUGCCGGGCGCCAUGGCCGCCAGCAACGGCGGCCAUAUGCUGAGCCAUGCCCACCAGUGGGUGACAGCCCUGCCCCACGCCGCCGCCGCCGCCGCCGCCGCCGCCGCCGCUGCCGCCGAAGCGGGCUCGCCCUGGUCCGGCAGCCCCGUGGGCAUGACGGGCAGCCCCCAGCAGCCGCCGCCGCCGCCCGACGUCAAGGGCAGCGGCGGACGCGACGACCUGCACUCGGGCGCGGCGCUGCACCAUCGGCCGCCCCACCUGGGCCCCCCGCACCAGGGGCACCCGGCGGCCUGGGGGGCGGCGGCGGCCGCCCACCUACCCUCCAUGGCCGGCGGGCAGCAGCAGCAGCAGUCGCUCCUCUACUCGCAGCCCGGGGGUUUCACGGUGAACGGCAUGUUGAGCCCCCCCCCCGGCGGUCAGAGCCUUGUGCACCCGGGGCUCGUGCGCGGCGAGACGCCGGAGCUGGGCGAGCACCCCGGGCAUCACCACCACCACCACCACCAGCACCCCGGGCACCACCCGCCGCACCACGGCGGCGUCAACAGCCACGACCCGCACUCCGACGAGGACACGCCGACCUCGGACGACCUGGAGCAGUUCGCCAAGCAGUUCAAGCAGCGGCGGAUUAAGCUGGGCUUCACCCAGGCCGACGUGGGGCUGGCGCUGGGCACCCUAUACGGCAACGUCUUCUCGCAGACCACCAUCUGCCGCUUCGAGGCCCUGCAGCUCAGCUUCAAGAACAUGUGCAAGCUGAAGCCUUUGUUGAACAAGUGGCUGGAGGAAGCCGACUCUUCCACGGGCAGUCCCACCAGCAUCGACAAGAUCGCCGCCCAGGGCAGGAAGAGGAAGAAGCGGACCUCCAUCGAGGUGAGUGUCAAGGGCGCGCUGGAGAGCCACUUUCUGAAAUGCCCCAAGCCCUCCGCCCAGGAGAUUACGAACCUAGCGGACAGCCUGCAGCUGGAGAAGGAGGUGGUCAGGGUUUGGUUUUGCAAUCGGAGGCAGAAAGAGAAACGGAUGACCCCCCCGGGGAUCCAGCAGCAGACCCCCGACGAUGUCUACUCCCAGGUCGGCACCGUCAACUCCGACACGCCGCCCCCUCACCACGGACUGCAGACCAGCGUGCAGUGA